AUGGAAGGAGCGUCGUACGCACGCAUGCCGAGGGUGAAAAUCCGCGAACUAAAAGACGAUUACAUGAAGUUCGAGCUUCGCGACACCGACGCUAGUGUGGCAAACGCGCUUCGGCGCGUGAUGAUCUCGGAGGUUCCGACCAUCGCGAUUGACCUAGUUGAAAUCGAGGUCAACUCGUCCGUUCUCAACGACGAGUUCAUUGCUCACAGACUCGGUCUUAUUCCUCUCACAAGCGAACGCGCGAUGGCAAUGCGAUUCUCACGUGACUGUGAUGCUUGUGAUGGUGAUGGACAGUGUGAGUAUUGUUCCGUUGAGUUUCAUCUUAGGGUUAAGUGUAUGACUGAUCAGACACUUGAUGUUACUAGCAAGGAUCUUUAUAGCUCUGAUCAUACUGUUGUUCCUGUUGAUUUCUCUGGUGGGGAUCCUUCUUCCGUUGAAUCUGCUGAUGGCAGGGGGAUUAUAAUUGUCAAGUUGAGGCGAGGUCAGGAGCUGAGGCUGAGGGCAAUUGCUAGGAAGGGGAUUGGUAAGGAUCAUGCGAAAUGGUCCCCGGCUGCAACUGUUACUUUCAUGUAUGAACCUGAGAUUCAUAUAAAUGAGGAUUUGAUGGAGUCUUUGUCACUUGAGGAGAAAAAAGAGUGGAUUGAUAGUAGUCCUACUCGUGUGUUUGAUAUUGAUCCUGUCACACAACAGGUGUCGGUGGUUGAUGCUGAGGCAUAUAGUUACGACGAUGAGGUGAUUAAGAAAGCGGAAGCAAUGGGAAAGCCCGGUCUUGUAGAAAUCACUGCAAAGCAAGAUAGCUUCAUUUUCACAGUUGAAUCUACUGGAGCAGUCAAAGCAUCUCAACUAUUGCUAAAUGCAAUUGAAAUUGUGAAGCAGAAGCUGGAUGCUGUGAGACUGUCCGAAGAUACCGUGGAGGCGGACGAUCAGUUUGGGGAACUAGGUGCCCACAUGAGAGGAGGGUGA